UUAACACAUUUUUUUCCACAGGCUGGUGACUUACUGGUUAGCUCUGAUGAAGAAGAAGAGGAAAUUAGUGGAUGUCUGCCAACAUCUAGUUCAUCAUCUAAAACUGCAGAGUCUUCUACAAUUGCAAAAGAAUCUGGAAAAGUUGAUACCAAGGGAUAUGAAGGUUCAAUUGAAACAAUGGGUGUAAAAUUGUCUGGUUUUAAUACAGACCUUACCCUAAAAUUCCUAAAUGGUCAAAUUACAUUUAAUGAAUUCAGUACUGAAAUGGACAACCUUCACCAGGUUGAAAACACAAGGGAGACAGAAGUAGAAACUGAUGGGGAAGAUCUUGAAGCUGGUGUUACUGAACAAGAAGAUGAUGAAGAUGAUGAGGAAGUUGAUGAUGCAGGAAUGAUCAUGGAUAGUAAAGAUGAAGAUUGGAGCCCAACACCUACACCCCGUAAGAAGAAAGGAAAACGUAUCCGAAAAGUAAGUUUUUUUUUUCUAAUGUACUUUCAUUGGAUUAUUACUAUUUGUAGAAAAAAUUCUUCUGUGGUCAGUUUUCUGAUAAUCAUUAUGACAAUAUACAUUUAUGGCUGAGGCUACAUGUCAAAA